AUGAUUUUGGAGAGCCUGGGGCUGAAAAACUAUAUUGACGAGUUCUUGGAUUUUUCCAACGUUUACUUUCUGCAAUUUACGUAUUAUAAAGCAGCUCAACCUCAACGUGAAGAUGUUAGUAAAAUAAGAUUGCGUGACCACACGGAUGAUGAUUUCUUCACUAUUGUAAAAAAAAAUCAAGGUGGAUUGCAACUUCAUAGAAAAAAUGGGGAGUGGAUUGACCUUAAUAAUGUUUCACCAAAUUCCUACGUUGCUUUAGUGGCGGAUUCUUUCAUGGCAUGGACAAAUAAUACAUUGGAGUCAGCUACCCACAGAGUAACAAUGGAGGGAGACAUUGAUAGAGUGUCCAUUCAGCUAUUUUCAUCAGCAAAACCAAGUGACAUUAUAGAGGCUAAAAAAGAACUAGUGGAUGAAGAACACCCUAUAAUUUUCAAGCCCUAUGACACUGUUGGAUAUUAUGAAUAUAUUAAGUCAGGAGCUGGAGCUGGCUUGGGUCUCAAAGCUUAUUUAGGUGUUUGA